GGAUCGUUCGGAACGCGCUGAGCCUAAAAACGACAAGAAGAAAAUUAGAAAGAAAUCGUCGAGCGCGGAGCAAAACGAGCAGCAGCGUCGAGACGGGGCACGUUAAACGGCACAAAAGUGUAGUGUAGUUCUAGGCUUUAAGUUGUUAUCCCUCUUUUUGUUUUUGGUUGGGUUUCUGCUUCUUCUUCGUUGCAAUCCUUUUGGUUUGUCACAGAAACUCAUACACACACCCAAAGAUACCGAGAGCUGCGGCAGCGGACAAACUAUUCCAGCGAUUAUGUUUAUUGGCAGCGCGCACAACAACCAAAAGUCCAGCAAAUAGCGCAAUGCUGUCCAAUCCGCAUCCAACCUAUGCUAACGCGCUGGGCACAUUCAACUGAGCGAGAGGGAGAGAGCAAGAGGGGGAGCGUGAGCGGCAGGCGAGCGGAAGGAGAAGAAAUUGAGGCGCCUGCACCAGAGAACGCAUAAUCAUAGCACAAUCCUGGGCAAGGAGUACGAGCACUAUUCAGCCAUGAAUCUGAUCAACAUGGAUUCGGAGAAUCGGGUAGUGCUCAAUGUGGGCGGCAUUCGGCAUGAAACGUACAAGGCGACACUGAAGAAGAUUCCAGCCACGCGUCUAUCACGUCUGACCGAGGCGCUGGCCAACUACGAUCCCAUACUGAACGAGUACUUCUUCGACAGGCAUCCAGGUGUAUUCGCACAAGUGCUCAACUACUACAGAACUGGCAAGCUGCAUUAUCCUACAGAUGUGUGCGGUCCGCUGUUCGAGGAGGAAUUGGAAUUUUGGGGUCUCGACUCGAAUCAGGUGGAGCCCUGCUGCUGGAUGACCUAUACACAGCAUCGUGACACACAAGAAACCCUAGCCGUACUCGAUCGCUUAGAUCUGGAUACGGAAAAACCGUCCGAAGAGGAAUUGGCACGCAAAUUUGGCUUCGAGGAGGAUUAUUACAAAGGCACCAUCACCUGGUGGCAGGAAAUGAAGCCGCGCAUUUGGUCGCUAUUCGACGAGCCAUACAGUUCAAAUGCCGCCAAGACCAUUGGCGUCGUCUCGGUGUUCUUCAUAUGCAUUUCGAUAUUGUCCUUCUGUCUGAAAACCCAUCCGGAUAUGCGUGUGCCCAUCGUGCACAAUGUCACAGUGAAGACGGCGAAUGGCAGCGCCGCCUGGUUCCUGGACAAGUCAAUGACCAAUGCGCACAUUGCCUUCUUCUACAUAGAAUGCGUUUGCAAUGCCUGGUUUACGUUCGAGAUAUUGGUUCGCUUCAUCUCGUCGCCGAACAAGUGUGAAUUCUUAAAGUCAUCUGUUAACAUCAUAGAUUAUAUAGCGACGCUUAGUUUUUAUAUUGAUCUAGUGCUUCAGCGAUUCGCAUCGCAUCUGGAGAACGCUGACAUACUCGAGUUCUUCUCGAUUAUACGCAUCAUGCGUCUGUUCAAGCUGACCCGCCAUUCGUCCGGCCUGAAAAUCCUGAUACAGACGUUCCGCGCCUCCGCCAAGGAGCUAACACUUCUGGUAUUCUUCCUGGUGCUGGGCAUUGUGAUCUUUGCCAGUCUCGUCUAUUAUGCCGAGCGCAUACAGCCCAAUCCGCACAACGACUUCAAUAGCAUACCGCUGGGCCUGUGGUGGGCACUGGUCACCAUGACUACCGUUGGCUACGGCGACAUGGCGCCCAAGACCUACAUUGGCAUGUUUGUCGGCGCCCUCUGCGCUCUGGCCGGUGUGCUAACCAUUGCACUGCCAGUGCCCGUCAUUGUUAGCAACUUCGCCAUGUACUAUUCGCAUACGCAGGCGCGAGCCAAACUGCCAAAGAAGCGUAGACGAGUGCUUCCCGUCGAACAGCCGCGACAGGCCCGACUGCCAGGUGAGCGCGCCCCAGGCGGCGUCAGUGGCUGUGGCACUCCAGGCUCUGGCCCACACUCCGGCCCCAUGGGCUCCGGGGGCACUGGACCCCGUCGCAUGAACAAUAAAACCAAGGAUCUGGUCAGCCCCAAGUCAGUUGCUCAACUCUUCACAGGUCCCCUGGGCGCCAGCAUCGUUGCGAUGAGUCCACGCACCAUGCUAGACUUGAAUCCGGCACUGGCCAUGGGUAAGCCCACGUUUCAGCCACGUUUUCCAACCCAAUUGGCUGCCACGCCCGCCAUGGCGUCCACAGUCCCAGUGACAUUGGCUGCGAACAUAACGGCCACAGCGGCCGGAGUAGCGGCUGCUGCAGCAUCUGGAACACUGCCAGCGGUGCCCAGCAUAGCGGUGUCGACCACCGCCAGCAUCGGCAAGGAUAGCACCGCUACCGGCACCACCACCACCACCAGCACCACCACCCUGGAGGCCAGCAAGAAGGCGUUCCUCUAAGCAGCCGCCCUCAUCUCUCAAGUCCCAUCAAGCAAUACCUAGCCUAUAACCUAUUGUAACCUUCGCAUACGUAUAUGCCUACCUAUGAGUAAUUAUCAAUCUAUUAUCACGCAAACAACACUCCCAUAUCAUGACAUACAUAUUACUCUAGCUAUAUAAGUAUUAUUACAAUUAAUAAUGCAUUCGGCACUGCUUGGCAUUUUGGAGACGACACGAAUCCAAAGCGACGUUUUUAAAUAUAACGGUUUUUAGUAUUAUAUUUAAAUUGUUUUAUCGAUCCACUUCUUUUUAUAUACCUAUAUAGAUAUGUCUUAUGUUAGAAAUAGCCAAAGUUGUAUAUACUGCAUAGCUAAAGAUUUUAACGAUUGGUUAGGAUCAACAAUAGAAAUACAGAAAUUUUUUAUGCAAACAAUUUUUUAAAUAGAUCUGGCUUCAAUUUCAGUCUCAAAACAGAUUGUUUAAAAUAUACCGUUACUUAUGAAUUUUAUAUGCGCUUUACUAAUGAAAUCUAAAAAUUUCUCAAUCUCAGCAAACAGUUGUGACACUUUUUUUUUCCAAUAUUUUGCAUUAAAGAAAAAAAAACAAUAUCGCAGCUCUUAAAGCUUUUAGUGUGCCUAAAAUUACAAAAAUUUUGAUCCUGCUCUUAUGUUGUGAAAGUCAUUAACAGCUCUUAGAGCUUUGCAUGUAUUUUGCUUUCAAAAGUAUUUGAUAUACUGCAGAAAGUAACUGAAGUCGAUAAAGCUUAUCAUACGUUUCCAUAGACCUUGAAUAUAUCCUCCCCCAAUACAAAUAUGAUUAAUUUAGCCUUUCCAGUAUCCCCAAUUUUCCAAAUAUUUGCUUAAUGCUCAUUAGGCUGGUCUCAAAGUUUCACUUGUAUCCUCAGACUUCAACAGCUUCAAAUAUCUUUGCCCAACUGCGUGAAAGUCUAUUUUAAAAGCUCAUUAAACAGUUAAUUAAGCUUUUCAUAUUUCCCCAGCAAACUACACUGAAGGCAAAGCCACUUGAGUAACUCAACUAAAGUUCGAGCUGUACUUGCAUUGCCCCGCCUAGAAGCUUCAUAAUUGCCUAAUUGGAAAACUCCUGCCGAGCCUCUGUUAUAUGUGUUUCGGGGCGUAUGCGUGAUCUAUAAAAUUUCUAUGGAAUGAAAAACUUUUCGUGUAUUAUGGCAACUGCUUAAAAUUCAUUGGAGCAUUCGCGCGCUUGUCCGAUUCGCUUGUUAAAGGCGAGCGUCAACUUUCCAGCUAAUAAGUGGUCACAUCUAACGGUCGCCGCCAGGCUUUAACGUCUAGGCAAGAAAGAAAAAUAAAAAACGAAAACAUUGUGCGCAACUUUAGAUAACUUUAGAAAAACAAAUGAAAAUUUCCGGCUGGCUGUGCGUUCAUCAUCAUGGAAUACGCGCUUCAACUUUAAUUACAUUUUUUUGUUCUUUAUUUAACCUGGCGGUGGCGUGCCCGGAAAAUUGACAUGGAAAAUCACGAGCUGUGGAAGUUUUGGCGUAAAACGACUUAAAUUUUCAAAUAUUCAAAUGUUUUUCUUCCGCAAAGUUCUGUUUUAAGCAAAUGCUGCUUUUAACUUGUUUCGCCUACUCAAACACUUACAAAUUUCUUCAAAAUAGGGACGCCAUAGGUGGCGGGGGGUCAGAGCUCAGAGCAGAGUAAACAAACACCCACACACACAAACACACACAUAUAUAUAUAUAUAUAUAUAUAAAGAUAGCUAAAGAUGUGUUUCUAUUGAAUAUCAUUAGGUAAAUAAAAAGCCUCUUGUACAUUUUGAAUAUCUCUCAGCAAGCAUUAUACAUACUAACAUACAAACGUAGCUAUUGUAUCUAUACAUAAUACUAAUAAUAAUUUCUAAGCUAAACAAAUUAUGAUGAUGAUGGAGGAGAAGAAGACGCUAACGCUUUGCAAUAAAUACCAAAUAAAAUAAAUGAAGGAAAACAAAAAACAUUUCAAAAAGAAAAACGGAUAAAGUUUGCAAAACAUUUGUUAAGUUUUUACAAUGGAUAAAGCAUUCAUAGGCAACUUAAAAUUAAUAUAAAUACGAAUACAUAUAUACA